AUAACAUCACCAAUUAGGCAAUUAUGCAAUUUUAUGCACCUAGUCCCAUUUUUUAUUUUCCUUCGAGGUUUUUUCCAACGAAAUACCCAUGCUACUUGUCAUCUUCCUAAUCCUCCACGUGUCAUAGUCGGUUUUUGUGGGCCCAACUUCCAAUUCCAUCACAUCGGCAUAAUAUUUUUACCUUGCAAAACGGCAUCGUUUACGUGAUCCGAGAAUUAAAUCUCCCCGCCAACCCCACCUCCCCACGUGUCCACCCACACGUGUCAGUACAUUCUCAGCGUGUAAGCCGCAUUGUCGGCUGCCACGUGUCCUACGAGAAAUAUCCUACGUAAUUCUCUGUUAAUUUUUUUUUUUUUUACCCAACAGUAAAAUUGACAACUAAAAUACCGCCAAUACUAGAUUCUUUUCUGUUAUGUUUUUUUUUACCAAAGUUUUUUUGCCUUAUCAUAUUCCUAUCUAUAUUAGUAGCACAAACAGAAACAGAGCAACUCUGUUCUUCUUUCUCCUUCCCUUUCAUCCUUCAUUUUCCAUCCACAAAAUCCACCAAUGAUCCGUAAAAUCGAUCCCGAUAAUCGUCGGAUUCUUAAAUUCCCCGCGGUUAGACCGUGUGAAUCGAUAUCCCCCUCGAUUCUUCUCACUUCUUUGAUCACUAUCUCUAAUGAUGUUACAAAAUUCAAAGCCAAAUUUUUUCCCUCUCAGAAAAAAUUUGCCCGGGAAGUAAUUCGACAAGUCGAAAUCCUCCAUAUAUUUUUCGAAAAUAUCCGUGAUUAUCAACCAAAAUUUACCAAAUCCCUCAUUUUAUGCCUUUCAGAGCUUCAUUUUAUACUCCAAAAGAUUCAAUUUUUACUACAAGAUUGUACUCGAGAAGGGUCUAGACUCUUUAUUUUGAUGAAAUCACAGUUUAUAGCUAAUCAAUUCCGGGUUUUGAUUAGCUCAACUGCUACUGCUUUUGAUAUACUUUAUCUAAAUUCACUCCAAAUCAGUUCUGAAGUGAAGGAAUUAGUUGAAUUACUUGGAAAACAAGCACAAAAAUCGAAGCUCGAUGUAAGCCUGAAUGAUCAAUGUGCCAUGGAGAGGGUGAUAUUGAUAUUAAACCAAUUCGAGAACGCAUUCGAACCCGAAAGAGGGUUGAUCAAACGGGUUUUUGAUUAUUUAGGGAUUUAUAAUUGGGAAGAUUGCAAUAAAGAGGUCAAGUUUUUGGAAGAUGAAAUGAGUAAUAUUGAAGAAGAUGAAAGAGAAAUUCCCUUAAUUAGUAAUUUGUUGGGAUUUAUGUGCUACUGCAGGGCAGUAAUUUUCGAUUCAUUGGAUGAAAAUGAUGAGCAAAUUAUUGUCGAAAUUGAAGUGAAAUCACCAGGAGAGAUGCUUAAUUGCUUGAAUCCUGAGGAUUUUCGAUGCCCAAUUUCAUUGGAAUUGAUGAUGGAUCCUGUUACUAUAUCCACCGGCCAAACAUAUGAUCGAGCAUCAAUUCAGAAGUGGCUGAAUUCAGGGCAUUUACUCUGUCCCAAGACAGGGGAGAGGCUGGAAAGUACAGAAUUAGUACCAAAUUCUGCUCUGAAGAGGCUGAUACAACAGUUUUGCUUGGAGAAUGGAAUUUCGAUAUCGAAAUCAGGUAGAAGAAGCAAGGAAUCACCGAGGACGGUUGUAUCGCCUACUCCGGCUACGAGGGAGGCUGUGAGAUUUUUAGCUGGGUUUCUUGCUGGGAGGCUGACUUAUGGAACUGAUGAGCAGAAGAAUAAGGCUGCUUAUGAGAUAAGAUUGUUGACUAAAUCGAGUAUAUUUAAUCGUUCGAUUUUGAUUGAAGUUGGUAAUGUUGCUCCUCUAUUGGAUCUUCUUACAUCAGAUGAUCCUAGCACACAAGAGAAUGCAAUUGCUGCUCUUUUGAAGCUGGCAAAGCAUUCGAAAGGGCAGAAAUCGAUCAUCGAAGAAGGUGGUUUAUCGUUGAUAAUUUCAGUCCUUCGAAGAGGGAUGAAGCUCGAAUCGAGACAGAUUGCAGCAGCCACCAUUUUUUACCUGUCUUCUGUGGAGAAGUACAGGAAAAUGAUUGGCUCAACAAGACAGGCUAUUCCUGGACUUAUUGAGCUCCUUAAAGAUGGGACGAUUUGUGGGAAGAAGAACGCGAUUGCUGCAAUUUUCGGGCUGCUUUUAUAUCAUAGAAAUCAUGAAAGAGUACUUGAAGCUGGAAUUGUACCAGAACUAGUUGAUCUUAUCUCUUCCAUUGAGAGAUCAGACCUUAUAGCUGAUUCUUUGGCUAUUUUAGCUUGUUUGGCUGAGAGGAUUGAUGGGUGUAUCGCGAUUCUACAAACCUCGGCUAUGACUUUGAUCAUGGGAUUGUUAAAAUCCUCCAUUUCAAAGGCAGGAAAAGAAUAUUGUGUGUCAAUCUUAGCAUCAUUGUGCACGAAUGUUGGGGAUGAAGUUGUCGCAAUUUUGGCUAAGGAACCAGCUAUCAUGCCCUCACUAUAUGCACUCACUACUGAUGGAAGCUCACAUGGUAGCAGGAAAGCGCGAAUGCUAAUCAAUAUGCUGCAGAAGUUUCAGGAAUCGAGCUCUUCGAGUUUAACAGCUGCUUCCAAAGUUCAUAAGGAAAGGUUUGUUCAUGCAAUUUAGGGGUAAUACAUAAUAAUUAAGCUAUAAUCAUAAUUUGUAUAUAUGUAGGAUUUACCAAAUUGGAAUCCAUAGAGUUAUUUUUGAGCAAUCAGCUAGAUUUUUCAAAGAGCUGAAACAAUAUGUUAGGCUUAGGUUCUUUGCAAUUGGUUAUUGUAUACUGUAUAAAUUUACACUUAGCAUUCUUUUCAGUAGAGAAUAUAAUAUGGCUCAAUUGCCAUAGAUGUUAAACUUUAUCACAGAUUGAAGUUCUGUAUUUUGAUAUUAAGUGAAUAAAGACUAAAGAUUGUGGUCUUACUAGUUACUAGUAUUGUUAGUAUGUUAUAUGCUU